AUGGGUUUCAAAAACACUUUAUAUGUUAAAGGUUUCUCAAGAGAAACAAAAGCUAAAGAUCUAGCCGUUGACUUUGAAAAAUUCGGUCCUUUAGUCAGAGUUGACUUACCUCCAACCAAAACUCCAGAUGGUCCACCAUUUGCCUUUGUUGAAUAUCAAGAAUUACAAGAUGCUGAAGCCGCUUUAGCUGAAAUGGAUAACAAACCAUUCUCUUUAGAUGAACAUGCUAUUUUGCUUGUUCAAUGGGCUAAAUCAGAACCACAUCCAAGUGGUCAAGGUUUCAGAGGUGGCCGUGGUGGUUUUAGAGGUCGUGGUGGUUUCAGAGGUGGCUACGGUGGUAGAGGUGAUUACGGUUAUGGUGGUUACGGUGGUGGUCGCGGUGGCUACAGAGAUGACUACAGAGAUAGAGGUUAUGGUGGUUAUGGUGAUCGUUAUGGAAGCCGUGGUGGUUAUGGUGGUGGCCGUGGUGGUUAUAGAGAUGACUACAGAGAUAGAGGUUAUGGUGGUCGUGAUUCAUAUGACAGAGGCUACAGAGACGAUUACAGACCAAGAGAUGGUGAAAGACCACCAAGACCUGAAAGAGAUGAAUACACCGGUAGUGGCCAAAGAAGAGAAAGUGCUGAAGGUCCAAGAGAUGAUUACAGAGGCUACAGAGAUGAUAGAGGAAGAGGUAGAUCUGACGAAGAUAGCUAUGCUCCUCAAGACAGACCAAUCUCAAGAUCAAGAAGUCCAAGAAGAGAUUAA